AUGACUUCAAUCAUCAAAUUAGAAGCAUUGUCAGGUGUGCAAGACGAUGGACCCUUGUGUUACUUGUUGCAGGUUGAUCAAGUUUAUUUUUUGUUGGAUUGUGGUUGGGACGAACGGUUUGACAUGGCAUACAUAGAAGCUGUGAAACGGCGUGUCCCUUUAAUCAACGCUGUUUUAUUAUCUUACGCUGAUAUUUCGCAUGUCGGUGCUUUACCAUAUCUUGUACGAAAAUGUGGUCUUAACUGUCCUGUUUAUGCUACUAAUGAAGUAUUCCGUCAGGUUCCCGUGUAUAAGAUGGGACAAAUGUUUCUGUAUGAUUGGGUUAACGGUCACACCAGCGUCGAAGAUUUUGAUCUGUUCAAUUUAGACGAUGUUGAUGCCGCAUUCGAACGGGUGCAGCAGGUGAAAUAUAGUCAGACGAUUUUACUAAAAGGGGAUAAUGGUCUUCAAAUAACACCACUACCAGCUGGGCAUAUGAUUGGUGGUGCUAUAUGGCGAAUAACGAAAAUGGGAGACGAAGAAAUUGUUUAUGCCGUUGAUUUCAAUCAUAGAAAAGAGCGACAUUUGAAUGGCUGUACUUUUGAUGGUAUUGGACGACCAAAUUUGCUUAUAACAGAUGCUUUCAACGCACUUUACAGUCAGCCACGACGAAAGCAGCGCGAUGAAUUAUUAGUUACAAGGCUUCUAGGCACCGUUAGAGAUGGGGGUGAUGUUAUGGUAGUUAUUGAUACCGCUGGAAGAAUAUUAGAGAUUGCACAUUUGCUUGAUCAAUUGUGGCACAACGCUGAGGCGGGUUUAAUGACAUAUAAUUUGGUGAUGCUCAGUCAUGUUGCAUCAUCAGUUGUUGAGUUUGCAAAAUCGCAAGUAGAGUGGAUGUCCGAUAAAGUUUUGAAGUCAUUUGAAGUUGGUCGCUAUAAUCCGUUUCAGUUUCGACAUGUCCAACUUUGUCAUACUCUUUUGGAUUUAAUACGUGUGCGAAGUCCAAAGGUUGUACUUGUCAGUGGUCUGGAUAUGGAAAGUGGUUUUUCGAGAGAACUAUUUUUAGAUUGGUGUACGGACAUGAAAAAUUCAGUUAUUGUAACUGGACGCUCUGGGGACCGUACUCUUGGAGCUCGAUUGAUACGAAUGGCUGAGCAAGCAGCGGAAAAUCCUACUGGUUCUAUCAAUCGUAAUUUGACAUUGGAAGUAAAGCGUAGAAUUCGUUUAGAAGGUGCUGAAUUAGAAAGUUAUAGAGCGAAAAAACGAGCAGAAGAACGUGAAGCAACUCGAUUGCGACUAGAAGCUUCGCGACGAAAUGCCAGGUUGGAGCAGGCAGAUUCAUCUGAUGACAGUGACGAGGAUCCCGUUUUAAUCGUUCCUCUGCAGUUAUAUGGACCAUCAAAUAACAAAAUACCUAAUGUGCUUUGUAGUUCAAAGCGUACUGCCACUUCAACUCUUAACAACUCUUCGACUACGACUUCUGCGACGGGUUUUACAGAUUUAUCGGUUGCGCAGAUAGCAGAGCAGCGGUCGCACGAUAUCAUGUGGAAAUGGGAGCAACAACAAAAGUCUUCAUUUUUCAAACAAAGCAAAAAAUCGUUUCCAAUAUUUCCAUAUAUCGAAGAGAAGACACGAUGGGACGAUUAUGGUGAGAUCAUACGGCCCGAGGAAUACAUGGUUACGGAUACUCCUGUAGUACCUCAAAUCCCUAUUGAUCAUAAAGAAAACGCUGAUGUUUCUACAGAUGGACAACUGGUACCAGUUUAUGAAGAAAGGGAAUGGCCAUCGAAAUGUGUCAGUCAGAUCAUGAAAAUGGAGGUAUUUUGCAAAGUGGAUUUCAUUGAUUUUGAAGGACGUAGCGAUGGGGAAUCGGUAAAAAAAAUUUUGUCGCAGAUAAAACCCAAGCAGUUAAUAAUUGUUCAUGGUUCUUCAGCAGCUACCAGACAUCUUGCGCAGUAUGCUCAACAAAAUGGAAUUGUGCAGGGUAAGAUAUUUACGCCUCGCUUGGGCGAAAUUGUUGAUGCAACAAUUGAGUCUCAUAUUUAUCAAGUGACACUAAGUGACGCCGUUAUGUCAUCACUUAUUUUCCAGACGGUAAAAGACGCUGAGUUGAGUUGGUUGGAUGCAAGAAUAUUGAGAAGAAAAAUGAUGACACCGCUACAUAUGCAAAGUUUAGAAGGGAAAGAUGAAAAUGCGGAACCAGUGAAAAGUACUGAGGAUGAGCUAAAACAGAUGGAGCAAGAUGUAGAACCAUGCGAAGCAAUGCGUAUGAGUAAUUUGAAAGCUGCAUCUGCGGAUACAUUUUGUCUGGAGCCCGUGCUUUCUGCUAAUAUUCCGUGUCAUCAGGCAGUAUUUGUGAAUGACCCUAAACUUUCUGACGUGAAGCAGUUACUAACUUCGAAUGGUUUUCGAGCUGAAUUCAGUUCAGGUGUAUUAUAUAUCAACAAUAUUGCUAGUAUUCGACGUAACGAAGCUGGUCGUUUUCAUGUAGAAGGCUGUGCAUGUGAAGAUUAUUAUAGAAUUAGAGAUAUUGUUUAUGCACAGUUUGCAGUUGUAUAG